GUCGGGGGGGAGCUCUGAUUGGAGUAUAAAUAAUGUGUGCACGUCCGUAUAAAGCGUGACACGUCGAUUCCGUGUGCCUCACUCGGUAUCAGACGUCCACGGAGGCAGAGUGAAGUGAUUAUACCGAACGCGCUCCUUGAAUCAUCGACCCUUCGCAGAAAUGGCCCUAGAGACUUUACCAUGGCUGAACACCGACUUCACCGAGAGGGUCCUGCGACUGGCCAAGGACGACACCACCAUCCAAGUGACUGAUAUAUUUACCAAACCGGCCACCGCCAAGGGUGACAACUACACCAGCGACUUGAUAAGGCUGGUGGCGGAGUACACUCGGAAACACGGGAAGAUCAGGAUCAGCGACAAAACCUCUCUCUUGUUCAAAUUCGAGCCGAUCGAGGAGGGCAUCAGGAGAGAAGCGAUUUCGAAGAGUCAAAUCUUCGACACCGAAAUCGCCAUGAUGUCGGACACCCUGCAAAAGAUGAACGACUUAUUGGGCUCUCGUCUAAGUGGUCGAGUAUUUUACGUGAGAAUGGAGCGGCCCCUCUGCCUCAUCAUAGAGGACCUCGCUCCUAUGGGAUUUCGUAUGGCGGAUCGUCAACUGGGUUUCGACAUGGCACACUGCAGGAUAGCUAUUCGGGGAUUGGCGAAAUUCCACGCCACUUCGGUGGCAUUGUGCGAAAAGGAACCGAAACACAAGGACCUGUACUGGAGAGGGAUAUUCCACGACGAGUCCCCGGAAGAAAUAAAAAAUUACUUCAUCACCGCAACCAGGUCUUUGGCGAACGAAGUAGAGAAUUGGGUAGAAGGCGGAAAAAGGUACGCGGUUAAACUUAGAAACAUGGCUCCGAGAAUGUUUCAACUAGCCGUGGACUCCGUGCGGCGCAAGGACGACGAGUUCAACGUCAUUAAUCACGGAGAUUCCUGGGUGAACAACAUGAUGUUCCGAUACGACGAAAACUCCAAGCCUAUCGAGCACAUCUUCGUGGAUUUCCAACUGAGUGUGUACUCCUCGCCGGCCGUCGACCUGCACUACUUCCUGUCCAGUAGCGUCAGCGAGGAAAUUUCCGAUCUCGAAAUCGAGUCCCUGCUCCAAGACUACCAGCAGACCUUGGCGAUCACCAUGAAACAGCUCGAAUGCGACACGAUGCCCCCGACCAUGAAGCAGAUAAAGAAGACCAUGGACGAACGGUACAUGUACGCAUUGAUAACGUCCAUGGGUACCCUGCCGAUCGCGUUGAUCGACAAGAGCAACGUGCAGAGUUUAGAGGAGAUGAUCAGGGACAACGGCCAAGACAAUCCCGGCUUCAAGAAUCCGGUCUAUCGGAGGAUAAUGAUCAAGAGACUCAAGAAAUUCGAAGACGCUGGAUUGCUGGAUCAGUGAACGCGGAAUUCGUUUAAUUUCUUUACUAUAAUUUACGAGUCACUAGAUAUGAAGGAAUAGACCUUUGCGCUGCGAUACCUCUUAUCGAUAUUUCGCUUUCCGAGAAGCGAUUAAAGCGCGCAAACGAUUGCGAGAAUGGCACAAAUUCCGCGGAAUGAAACGUAAUCGAUGCUUUAAGAUCCGACAAUUUCGUCGAACACGUCUUCUAUCCGUGUAGUAUCGAAAUAAGAAAUUCCAGCAACUGACGAAUUAUAUACGUUAUUAACGAUUUUCAAUGAAAAGAGAUAAUAUAUUCUAUGACGUUUGCUCGGUUCUCGUGUUCGAUUAAAUUCUUGGUAUUGUUCUCGUCGCGGGGGAGACUAGCCGGGACUAGUGUUUAGUACACUCUAUGGAGGUAUUGGACCGCGAAUGGUUGAACGAGAAAGGAUUAGCCAACUACAUAUCGUAUUUGUGUGUACGUUGUAGGUUGUGGAAUCGCGGUUAGUUGCGAAUUAAAGUCACUUAGACUCGGUAACGAGUUUACUACGGUACUCAUUUGUCACUGUUUAGUCGAAUUUCGACGUACUCGUUAGUAACUUAUGAAACCAAAGUCCAACGCUCUUUGCGGUCGGUUUAAGAUAAAAUUCGUAGUUUUAACGGCGCGCAAGAGUCUAGGGUAUAUUUUAUCGCGUAAGUAGACCGGUCGAUGGUACAGAUUGAACGGUACCGUGGGAAACAGUCAACAUCGGCGAAUCGUUGACGACACGUGUAAUUAACGAGGUAUUAAGUUAGGUAUUAAACGUUUAUGUAAUAGAUACAUCAGACUCGUACAACUGACAGGCCAAAUAAGAAGCAACGAGUUUCCGGUUGCUCGUGUCGACUAAAUGCCGACGUAACGAGGCACCAAGCACGCGAAUCACUUUGUACUAGCACUUGGCAUUCUUUCACGGUUUAACACGCCGAGGAGGAAAGGAAAAAAAAAAGGAAAAAUAAAAAUG